AUGUCAGAGCUGCCAGUGAAAGAUAACAAACUUACAAUCAAGGCCAUCACAUAUGAAACACAUGCAACGCCCUUGGUUUUGAAAGACUAUGACAUUCCUGUUCAGGACGGGGAGAAAAUCGUGAAACCAACAGAAGUUUUAGUCAAAGUGAAGGCGGUUGCAUUAAAUCCUGUUGACUCCAUUCUAAAGCAGCUUAGUAAUAGGUGGUUUGGUCCAAAGACCAAAAUUGCCGGCGGUGAUUUUGCAGGUGUCGUUGUGAAGGCUGGUGUAAACUCUGGCUAUAAGGUUGGUGAUCGACUCUAUGGUGAUGUGUUUAGUGCCACUGGAAGAGGCUCAUUUGCAAACUACAUUUUAUUUGAACCGUCUAAAGUUCCAAUCUGUGAGAAAAUCCCCGAGGGUAUGUCAUACGAUGAAGCCUCCUCCUUGGCGUGCGUCUCCAACACUGCAUUUAUCUGCUUGUACCAGUAUAAGGGAGACUUGAAGGACAAGAAUGUUUUGGUUUUAGGUGCAGGCACAAGCGUUGGUUUUUUUGCUGUUCAAUUUGCCAAGCACUACUUCGGUGCCUCCAACGUUGUAGCUACUUGUUCUUCCAAAUCUAGCCAAAAGACCACCAAUGCAGGUGCAGAUUUUGUCAUUGACUACAAGAAGGGCAACGAUUAUAAGUUAUCCGAAUUGAAGAAAUUUGCUGCUCAACACGGCAAGUUUGAUAUUAUUUGUGAUUGUGUAAGAGAUGAAACUGUUAUGGACAUCUUUGAUGACAUCCUAAAACCAUCUUCUGAGGGCGGCAUUUUCAGUCAAGUUGCUGGCUCUUACACUCUCAACUAUGAGAAUCUAAGGGUGUGGGACAGUAUUCCUAGCUGGAAGUUCCUGAAGAACUCGCUACUAUCAAAACUGGGGUUGGCCAAAUACUCCUCAGUCACCAUUUUCACCGCACGCAACCCUAACUACGGUCCUGCUAUCGAGAAACUUUACAAAGAAGGUAACUUAAAGAUUGUUAUUGACUCCAAAUAUGAUGCCUAUACCCAAUUUGAAGAGGCGUUCAAAAAGAUAUCUACUUGUUCUGCCCACGGUAAAAUCAUACUUGAGUUUGACAAGUCAGAUUGA